AUGCUUAUUAAAGAAUAUCGUAUUCCGGUUCCUAUGACCGUUGAUGAAUAUCGUAUAGCUCAAUUGUAUAUGAUUGUGAAAAAAAGUCGUGAAGAAACUAAUUCUUCCGGUAGUGGUGUUGAAAUAAUUAAAAAUGAACCUUAUACAAAUGGACCCGGUGGUAAUGGACAAUAUACUUUUAAAAUUUAUCAUAUUGAACGUCAUUUACCUGGUUGGUUUAAAGCAAUAUUACCAGCUAAUGCAAUGAAAAUUGAAGAAGAAGCAUGGAAUGCUUAUCCUUAUACAAAAACACGUUAUCGUUGUCCAUUUAUUGAUCGUUUUUUACUUGAAGUUGAAACAUGUUAUCGAGCUGAUUUUGGUACACAAGAAAAUAUAUUUCAUUUAAAACCACAAGAACUUGAACAACGUGUUGUUGAAUUUCUUGAUAUUGUUCAAAGUCAACCAUUAGCAGAUAUUUCAACAGAAAAUCCAGCGAUAUUUCGCUCAGAAAAAACAGGUUUGAUUGAAAA